AUGGGAAAAACGCAAAUAUGGGAAAAACGCAAAUAUGGGAAAAACGCAAAUAUGGGAAAAACGCAAAUAUGGGAAAAACGCAAAUAUGGGAAAAACGCAAAUAUGGGAAAAACGCAAAUAUGGGAAAAACGCAAAUAUGGGAAAAACGCAAAUAUGGGAAAAUCGCAAAUAUGGGAAAAUCGCAAAUAUGGGGAAAACGCAAAUAUGGGGAAAACGCGAAUAUGGGGAAAACGAGAAUAUGGGGAAAACGAGAAUAUGGGGAAAACGAGAAUAUGGGGAAAACGAGAAUAUGGGGAAAACGAGAAUAUGGGGAAAACGAGAAUAUGGGGAAAACGAGAAUAUGGGGAAAACGAGAAUAUGGGAAAAACGCAUAUAUGGGAAAAAGGUAAAUAUGGGAAAAAGGUAAAUAUGGGAAAAAGGAAAAACACAAAUAUGAUAAAAACGAAAAUAAGGGAAAAACGUAAAAUUGGGAAAAACGCAAUAAUGGCAAAAAAGCAAAUAAGGGAAUAA